AGCCUUUCUUUGGAACCACCACCAUCCAACGCCACUUUCGCGUUCACUUUUGUUCCAUUGGGGCGCGAUCUACAGUUGUUCAGCGCGUAUCCGUAUAAUCUAUCGCUUUCAACAUGCCUCCUGCUCAAAAAUCCGGCGGAAAGUCCAAGACGGGCGCCACAGGAACACCAGCGCAACAGCGGACGAUUCAGACGAGAAGUCAAAGGGCUGGGCUUCAGUUCCCUGUCGGACGUAUUCAUCGUUAUCUCAAACAACGAACACAACACAACGUUCGCAUCGGUGCAAAAGCUGCCGUAUACACCUCUGCCAUUCUCGAAUAUCUCACUGCCGAAGUUCUGGAGUUGGCCGGCAAUGCAUCAAAGGAUCUUCGUGUAAAGCGAAUAACUCCUCGUCAUUUACAACUUGCCAUUCGUGGCGACGAAGAACUCGAUACCCUCGUGCGAGCUACAAUUGCGGGAGGAGGUGUAUUGCCUUUUAUUCACAAAAGCUUGACAACAACGAUGAAGGCACCAGCAGGCAAGAAGCCCGAAGCGUGAUUCUCUUUCAGUUGGUCGUGGAGGAGAAUAAUUAUUCAGAGCGUGUUCUCUGGGAUGUUUUCAUUCACUGUGGCUCGAGGAUUCCAGACGAUAAUAUGUAUGCUAUUUCAUGAGCUUUUUUUGUACGGUUAUGAUGUGUUGAACGAUGUACUCGAGUACGUAUUAUUAUGCCCGCUGGAAUAUUUAUAUCUUUACGCG